UUUCUAGCGUUUUUGUAUAAAAAGGAUUAGACAACGAAACUUUUUUUUUUUUUUUAUUCUUUCCAUAUUUACAAUUUUAAUCAUAACAAUGUCAAACUACUAUCUUUCCCUCGGUAUCACUGCUGAAGAACUUGAUACCCUUAAAGAAGCCUUUAAUCUUUACGAUAUAAGAAACCAAGGAUAUAUUACUAUCGGGCAAUUCUCGCAUAUCAUCUCAAGUCUCGGUAUAGAUUGUGAUCCUAAACAAGUUGCGAAGAUGGCUGACAUGAAUAAUGACAAUCAAAUCGAUUUUAAUGAAUUUGUAUUGACCAUGUUUCGUUAUUUACCCCCUCAUGAACCGGCUCCAGUCUGUUUCAAAAACGAUCACAUCUAUACUGACAAGGACAUAGCAACCGAUGAAGAAAUCAUGCAAUGGUUCCAAUUUUUUGAUAAAGAUCACGAUGGACGUAUCAGUCAAAACGAGCUUGAACAAGUUAUGAUCAUGUUUAACAGCCGUCUCAGCAAAAAAGAAAUUAAAGAAAUGAUGUUUACUGCCGACAUUAACAGAGAUGGUUUUAUUGACUAUGAUGAAUUUAAGCAAUUAUUACCUCCAUUAUAAUAGAAAUUAAUAUAUAAUACCCCCCCUUCUUGUACAUAUCCAUAUUUAAAUAAACACCCUAAUUUGAUCGACUACUGUUAA